AUGAAAGAUGAGGCGAUUGAAUCGAUAUUUGCCGCAUUGACGAUUAGCUUCUCCGAUGAUUUGGAGCAUCGCAAUGUGAUAUUGAGAAGGUUUGCUGAGAUUUUCAACAUUUGCGAUCGCCUUGAGGAGUUUUACGAGAAAUGCCAGAAAUAUCAAACGUACAGCCUACAAAUUCGGCCGCACUCCGGCACGAUAAUCAAUAAUCAAUCGAUUCAAGUCUAUAUCAUUGAGCCGGAGUAUUGUCGAGGGCAAUCGCUGAAUCCGAACGGUGUUACGAAAAUCGAAAUCGGUCCGACGACGAACGUCUCGCUGCGAUUCGGAUUGUCGAAAGAGGAGACGAGAAAAGGAAUCGGGCGAUCGGCGUCGCUUUUGAAGAAGGUCAUGAGAUCGGACAGCAAGAAGAAUAUGGAGAUACUACAAAUCGGUCAGCUUCCACUCGGAUCGGCCAUCAAAAAAUCGGUGAAUUUGAUGAAUAAUAAGGCGUUCACCGGCGAAUUUAAGCUGAUGCGAAUCGAUCAUCGCAAUUUGGUGCGAAUGUUGGAUUUUGACGAGUUUUUGGAGACCGCCCGUGUCGUCCAUGAAUGGCAAUCGGAGCAGAUUGAUGGGAGCGUCUAUGACGGCAAACUCGACAAUACGUCGUUUUCGAUGUUUUACUCGAUUGCGUUCUUCUUCGAAAUUCCGUCGUUUGUGCUGAAAGUCUGUGAAAUGACAUGUUUUCUGGUUUGGGAUGACACCGAAACGAAUUUGGAUGAGCGAGCGCUGACCGAGGUGUGCAUUCAAAUGACCGCCUGCGAGAAUGAUGUCGACACUGGAAAUCCGCUAAUGCAGCCCUCGUUGGUGUAUUUGAAUGAAUGCACCAGAGAAGCGAUCAUCGAAUUCAUGGACAGCAUUCGAGAUGAGCCGAUAUUCCCGCCGGUGUCUUAUCAUCGUCUGAAACCGAUCAACGACCGCCUGAAAUUGAUUGCCGACAUUUGUGUGCUGUCGAUUUGGGACCGCUUCGCGGCGAUCUCGUCGCCCACCGAAUGCCUCUUCGAGAGAUUCCUCGAGUUUUUGGUGAAUCGCUCGAAACAAUGGGUCGAGCGCGUCGAGAAGAUGGCGUUUGGCGAUGUUUGCUCGUGCCUUCAAAAUUUGUGCAAUCAAAUGUGCUCCGAGAGCCCGUCGUAUCAGAUUUUUUUCCAACAAUUCGGCAUUGGAUACAUUUCGACGACAUUUCGCGCUAUUGAUGAGCAGAUAAGCAGAAUUCUGGAAAAUGUGCUCGGCGAGCAGCUAGCGAAACUCGAUUCGAGAAAUCCGGAAAAACUCGAGCAUUUCACCAAAACCACCAUGCGGAUGUUUAUGAACGUUCGGAAUUUGACUGAAUUGGCCAAAAAUUUCAAAAUUUCCGAUCUAAAAUUGUACGAAUUCGAAGUGUGGUUCAAAGAAACCAUCGUGUUUUGGGCGUAUUCGUGGCGUGAAGUCACCCAGAAAAUGGUGGAGCGCACCAUUUCGCUGGAUGAAGACGGCGAUUCGGUUAAAUAUGGUGCUCGGCGACCGCUGCCCGCCGGAUUGUACUCGUUUUUGUGCAUUCAGAAAGGCAUUUCUGAUGAUCUUUGUCGUUUGGAGUUCACACUUCCUCAGAAUCUCGUCACUUCGUCGAUUUCUGUUGUCAAUAUAUUAUGCCAGAAUAUCAACGCGUACGCGAAAAAAUUGUUUGGCGAAGCGAUGCGAAGCCAUGAGGAGAUGGCGUCGCGAAUGGUGCGCGCCACCAAUGGCAUCGAGCAGGCGAUGAGUUUCGUCGAAGAGGGAUACGAACGAUUUGCGCAAAUCGGCCGAGUUCAACAAUUUGUCGAUGAGAAAGACUUUGCCGCUGUUCAGACAACCGCCAGUCGCCUUCUGAAACUCACGAGAGAGACGUGCGAGCAACAAAUCAGCGUGCUUCUCUCGCAUUAUUCGCAACUGAAAAAGGAGAUUGUGGUGAAAAUUGCGAAAAAUCUCACGAGCGAUUCGAGGGACUCGUCGUCAACUCUGAAACCCUAUAUGCGCGAAAUUUCGAGCAACGAGAAAAUCGACUCGAUUCUCGAUUGUUGCUACGGUCUAAUCGACGAUGUUCGAUGCCUUCUGUUGCCAAACUGCUUCAAAAUCGCCACGAGACAUUUCGCCGCGAUAUUGGAGCGCGAAAUCCGCAAAAACGUCAAACAGAAUCAAAUUGUGGAAUACUACAGUAAUCUCUAUAUCACACUGAAAUUGAUAUACGAGAUGCUGGAAAUUGAGGACGAAAAAGACAUCGAGCUGCUAUCCAACUUGCAUUUGAACAGUUUUUCCACAUUUGACCUCAUUUUGUCCUAUUAUGACACGUUGUGUGAUAAGAUCGCGAGGACGAAGUUUUUCGACGCGCCGACGGUCGACGUGAAUAUCUCGUAUUCGAAAAUCGAGAACAAUGAGACGAUUUUGAUACAAAUCAAACUAGUGAAAAUGUCGCCGCUUGAAUGGAUCGACGUGCUCUCCGAACGCGUCGAUUUGUUUGUGCGUCUCGAGCUUCUGCCGAAAAUGCUGUUCCCGUCGAACAAAUUCGAAGCGCCGACGACGAAUCCGGUGCCGCAAUCGACGAGGCCCCAAUGGAAGCAGUUGUUCGAGAUACGAGUACCCCUUGAGCAAUAUUUCACACGUGGCGCUUGUUUGGCGAUUUCCGUGUUUGACCAUGAACGUAAAAUUGACCGAUUAAUUGGUCGCGGCUACAUUGGCCUUCACUCGGUGCCACCAUCGUGCGAUGAGAAUCGAAACGACGCGAUUCGUGUGCCUCUACUACCCAAUGAUUAUUCGGACCAUAAAAAUAUGUUCUAUCAGCUGAUCAAAAAUCGAGCGAGUCACGAUGCGAACGCGCGAGAGUUUAUCGAGACCCGCCAGAAGCGCCAUCUAAGAAUCGGCGACAUUCCGCGCUACAUUCGAAGGAAUCGCAGUCGGGUGGCGACUAUUCAAUAA